CGCGCGCUCGCACGCACAAGGUGAGCACGACAGAACCGAAUCUGACAUCUGUACAAGCCUCGCUCUAAUCGCGUUUAACGCUUUCUGUCAGUUACGCGCGUGGUGAUGAGCGGCGCCACGCGCUCAGUGAAGAAGGGCAUCUCGUGUCCGACACAAGACCCGAACUGCACGCGCAUCGUGGAAAGCCUCUCCUCGUGGAACAACUCCGUGAUGAGCGCGUACAAGCUGGUAGAUUUACCCCCCACGACCACAUCUGUUGCCAUGGUGGAAGAGUCAGUUUACCCUUUCCCAACAGUGGACGUGCCUGAUCAUGCGCAUUACACUAUCGGUGCUGUCAUCCUUACUGUUGGCAUCACUGGCAUGUUGGGAAACUUCCUGGUCGUCUAUGCAUUCAGCAGGAGCCGGACCCUGAGGACACCUGCCAACUUGUUCAUAAUAAACCUGGCCAUCACAGACUUCCUCAUGUGUGCCACCCAGGCACCCAUCUUCUUCACCACCAGCAUGCACAAGAGAUGGAUCUUUGGGGAGAAAGGUUGUGAGUUGUAUGCAUUCUGUGGGGCUUUAUUUGGCAUCUGCUCCAUGAUCACGCUCAUGGUCAUCGCCGUGGAUCGAUUCUUCGUGAUCACCCGGCCGCUAGCCUCCAUCGGUGUGCUGUCUCAGAAGAGAGCUCUGCUGAUCCUUCUGGUAGCUUGGGUUUAUUCACUUGGCUGGAGCCUGCCACCCUUCUUUGGCUGGAGUGCUUAUGUUCCUGAAGGGCUGUUGACCUCUUGCACCUGGGAUUAUAUGACCUUCACACCCUCCGUGCGAGCUUACACUAUGCUCCUUUUCACCUUUGUCUUCUUCAUUCCGCUUAUCGUCAUCAUCUACUGCUAUUUCUUUAUUUUCCGAUCCAUUCGCAGCACUAAUGAAGCUGUGGGCAAAAUUAAUGGAGACAACAAAAGAGAUUCAAUGAAACGGUUCCAACGGCUGAAAAAUGAAUGGAAAAUGGCGAAAAUUGCUCUUAUUGUCAUUCUGAUGUAUGUCAUCUCCUGGUCUCCAUAUUCAACUGUGGCGCUGACAGCCUUUGCUGGGUAUUCUGAUAUGCUCACACCAUACAUGAAUUCAGUACCUGCUGUGAUAGCCAAAGCUUCAGCAAUCCACAAUCCCAUCAUCUACGCCAUCACACACCCCAAAUACAGGUUGGCCAUAGCGAAAUACAUUCCGUGUCUUCGUGUGCUGUUGUGCGUCCCCAAGCGUGACCUCAACUCGUUCCACAGCAGCUUUACAUCUACACGUCGCUCCACCGUCACAAGCCAGUCCUCUGAUAUGUCCGGACAGUUCCGCAGAACUAGCACCGGCAAGUCCCGGCUCUCCUCAGCCUCCGACAGUGAAUGGACAGAUACUGAGGCCGAUCUCUCGAGCAUGAGCUCCAGGCCUGCCAGCCGACAGGUGUCCUGUGACAUCAGCAGGGACACCGCAGAGACCGCAGACUUCAAACCUUGUAACUCAUCCAGCUUCAAGACUAAGCUCAAAAGCCAUGACUCGGGCAUCUUUGAAAAGAGUUCCUUUGAUGUGGAUGAUGCGUCUGUGACCGGACUCAUUCAACCGGACCGUACUAACCCUUUAGCUGCUGGUGACAGUACAGACAUGCCAAUUUCAAGAGGUGCUAUUGGUCGGAUUCCUAGUAUUGUCAUCACCUCUGAGUCGAGGUCUUUCCUGCCCUCGGUAAGGGCCAGCUACAGAAGCAGCCGCUCAAGCGCGUCCAGUGCUGGGGCAAAUCCACCCAGGAGAGACUCUCGUGGAGGAGUCCAGCAGGGGGCAGUGCAUCUCUCCACUGCUGCUGAAACACCUGCAUCUGCUCAUCCUUAAUAUCUCUAGAGCUUCUACCUCUUCACUCGCAUCUGAAACUUACCUCCCAGCUUUGUAUUGGGGUUCAGUGUUUUUUUUUCGUGAGAUAUCCUGUUUUAUUGUUUAGACCUUGUGAAGACAAAUCCUGUGAGAGUAAUCAAUGCUCUGUAUUGCAGAAGGUCAAAUAUGAAAGUCACACAUUGAUGUCUUUUACAUGUGUAAUAAAUUUUUAUAGUGACCUCAACUGUUAUACAAUGUCCAGCACCUUUGUUUCCCUCUAUUUUAUGGAAAUAUUUAACAGACAGUGCUUUGAAUCAGGCAGAGUUACUGCUCAGUCCGUGGAGACUUGAAUGGAUGGAGAGAAAGCAUCUCAAAUGAGUUUAGUCUGGACAUCAAUGUAAAAUGGCAUGUACAGGUAAUAUCUGCUGGUUUGUGCUUGCUUUAGUUUUAAGCUUUUUUUGUGCUUCUUGUACAUUAUGUACAAUUGUUUAGUUUUGACCUGUGGUAGACUGUGGUAUGUGAGUUUUGCUCACAAGACACUCAAAUUCUUGCUUCCACAGAACUUCAAGGUAUGCAUUAUGAAGACAUACUGUAUUACAGGAACAUCCUAACUCAGAAUCCUGUUUAGUAACCAUGGUGAUCUCAUUUUGAAUAUUAAAUAUUCAGACUUAAAGCUACACUAUGUCACUUUUUUAUAAAAAAACAAAACAAACAAAAAACCAGCAAAUUGUUAUUGGUAAGAGAUUGAAAGAGUUUGAUCUUCCAUGCUAUGACUUUUCUUUACCCCAAGACACUUUGACAAACCUAUAAUAUGAAUUAUAGUUUAGACAGGAAAUCUUAUACAUAUAUUAUUCUCCUGUGCUUGUCACGUCAUAUCUGUACACAAAGUAAACCUCUGGUAUUAAAACAAAGAAAUGCUCUGGUAACAAACCCUGUAUCCAUGUGUACACCAGUGCCUCAGACCACUUUCAUUUACACAGAGACAGCUGAAGCACAACCAAAGCAAUUUUCUACCAAGAUGAAUUCAGUUGUAUUUUUUAACUGUUAGAGGGCCACAAGUUCCUCAAGGCUUGUCCCUGUGCCCACACUUAUAUUAGAAUUUUACAUUGGAAUUAAUUGAUUUUCUUCCAAAAAGCCCAUAGUGUAGCUUUAAGACAGGAAAUUUCUGUAAUUUUACCUCUCACUGGUUUUUAAAAGCAUUUUUUUAUUUUUUAGUUUCACUAUACAUAAGCUGUAAAUAGCUGUGUUUCCACUGUCGGGCGUGCCAGGGCCAGCCAUGUUUCCGCUCUCACUUUUGGGGCUUGAUCGUGCCUAGUCGGGGCUUCCUCGGGGCCAAUGGCUGUGUUUUUUGCCCGACGAAAACCUCGGGCCAAAGCGGGCCAGCUGGGGCUAGAGGAGUGGUCAUGAACAAAGGCGGAGUUUCUCUGAGUCUGGAGAGCGUCAGCGCCGCGGAUCAUUUCAGAAAGAUAACAGUAGACUUUUUAAAAUAAGUUCAAAACUCACUUUCAGUCAUCAGCGAAUGUUUCAAAUAACUUGAUCUGAUGUGGAUUAUCACCAUACAAGGCAGAAAUAUUUAAGACUGUGCACGCUAAACAUUAAUGUUACCAAAGUAAACAUGGUAAAUUUUCUUUUAUCAUGUUCAUUUGUGAUUGCGCUAUAGUUCCAGUGACUUAUUUCUUUGUUUUCUGAUAACUUCUCUUUGUUGGUGAAAUAAUGGGGUUGCGUGAUGUUGUUCCUGAGAUGUGUGUAAAGGGUGUGUUUAAGUGAAGCGCAGCGGAGCUUCAGGACCGACGGUGGAAACGCUGCGCUAUUCUGGCCUCGGUGCUACUGGCCCUAGGCUGUUAGCACUGCCCGGCCUGUUUUAAGCUCUGGCUCGCACUGGCCCGACAGUGGAAACACGGCUAAUGAGUGUUUUUAAUCAUAAAAGUCUUGUUAUGUUAUAUGUGGAUACUGAAAGUCGAUGUCUGGUGCAAUAGAACCCUGAGAACUUCAGCGUUAAGAAUGUGGAAUUUCAUUUGUUAUCAUAGUUAGCAAGUUUGGGCUGUCACAUUAUUGAGAAUAGAAACAGAACCUCAUUUCACCAUAAAGCAUCUGUUUAUCAUGUUUAACUGAUUGAAUCUAGUGAUUGGAGGGAUAAAAAGAUUUUUGUAUUGCUUUGGGGUAAAUUAUCUUAAACAGCACAAGCCACAGAAUGGAUAUGCCUGGAGCAGGGACACAUCAUCAUCUCGCUGAAUCACAAACAACUGAUGUCAUACAUGCUGUGUGUGUUUCCAUCAGGACCCUAAUGAAUACAUGUACAUCCACUUCUAAAGGUGUGUUGUUUUUUUAAUAUUCUGAAAAUGUUAGUUAUUCUUUGUCUUUUUAACUAGCACUUUUUGAAUAUUCACUUUACACAAUCAAAUUAUAGUCAACUAUUAAUGUUUGAACAAUUAUGAUUCCUUUUAAUAACUCAGUGACUGGCUGUAACUCGAUUGUGAUAGUGGCUGCUCUUCUGGAUAGUUCUGAAGACACGGUUUAGCAAAAAACAUUGCUGUGCUCUUUAGAGUUAUCUGACGUUAGCUGGUUUGUUUGUAAAAAGGAAUUAUUUAUUUGUGCAGAUGACUACAGUCUGUGGACUGUUUAUAUUCUGAAGGAUAGUCUCAGAUUGUAUCAGAGCAAAUAUUUGUUAAUGUGUAUCCGUUCAGAUGUAUUACAUCUUAUAUAAAAAAUAAUUGUGAUUUUAAACAUAAAAGACUGUAAAAAUGCUUCAGUAAAAACCUGUUAAUUGGUUAAUAGUAAGUUUCCAUACAUAUAUACGGUAAAUAACUAAUUACAUUUAAUAUUAUUUUACAAUAAAAUGCUGUUGAAAAAACGUUUUUUUUUUUUUUUUUUUGGAAAUGAAAAAGAAAAAGUCAUUGUAUAAUUUACAACCAUAAACCAUACAUUUGCACUCCCAGAAUUCCCUACAUGACACUUCAUAUUUGAUUUUUUUUUUUAUAACUUUUUCUUCUUAGUUUUUCCCAUUAGUUAUGUACAUUAGGGUUUUAUCUUACAUCUAAUGUUGUUAAAUUUCAGUAUCAUGUGUGUCAUGAGACUGUGCACCUUCUAUAUAUAAAUAUUGCCCUACUCAGCUCGUAGAAAAGCUGUUUGUGAUGAGCUUUGGUUCGUCAUGUGACAUCUCAUCACCACCAGAUUUUGGUGGUUAUCAGUGCAUUACAAUGGUUCAAAACAGAUAUUAGUACUUCCGUAUGUUGGUUUAUUAAUAUCACAUCAGUUAAUGAAAUACUAAUGUAUUUUAUUGUGAAUUUAAGUUACUGUACUGUAAGUCUGCAAAACCUAAAAUAUUGCUACCAUUUUUUUUUACGGUAAAGUUCUGGCAACCACAGCUAACGGUAUUUUACCAUAAA